AUGGCGCUCUCGACGGCUCAUCUCCUCCUCCUUCUCGCCGGCCUGACAAGCCCGUCCUCGGCGCAAUCACGGUCGACAAAACGGAUAUGCUACUUCCCGGACGGGAAAGAGUCGCCCGACUACGCGUGCGACGAGGGCGCAGACCAGAGCCCUUGUUGUGGUGUUCCGCCGUACGGGAACGCCUGCCUGUCCAACGGACUAUGCCAGUUUGGCGACGCCGGCUCUUUCAGUCGCGGCUCAUGCACCGACCCGACGUGGCUAUCGCCUGAGUGCCCUUCGUUCUGCGCCACCAACGGCGACCAGCCAAGCCGGGGCAUCAAUGUCAUCCAGUGCAACAACGGCACAGGGCCCGAUUCGUUUUGUUGCGAGAUUGAUGGAUCAGACUGCUGCGCUGCGCAAGGCAACCGGCUGAACCUGGGGCCGUCACACUUCGUCUGGGCCACCUUCGUUGCCUCGCCGACUCCUCGCUACACCGUGGUCAGGCCGCUCAGCUCGUCAACCUCCAGCCCGAGCACAUCGCACGGCACUCCAACCGCCUCCCCCAGCGCGAGCGGCACGCCGACAGCACCGGGGGAAGCACAGCCAACCCAGACACCAGGCAGCACCAGCGGCUCCUCGGGGCUGUCCACGGGGGCGCGGGCCGGCAUCGGCGUCGGCGUGGCGGCCGGCGCCGUGCUCAUCGCCGUGGUGGCCUAUCUGUUCUGGAGGAUGCACAGGAAGAACAAGAUGAUGGAGGAAGCCCUGAAUAACCAGCAGUGGGCCGCGCCGCCGCCGCCGCCGCCGCCGCCCGUCGUCUAUUCCCCGGGCGGUUCUGGCGCAAUACCGGCGGAGCAAGACCCCAAAUACCCGAUGGGUUCUCCGCCUCCCCCUCAGGCGUACGCCGAACUCCCUCACCAACAACAGGAGCACGCGGAGCUGCCUGCGUGGCAGGGUUGA